AUGGCGGAUAAGGAAGCAACAGUCUAUAUCGUGGACGUGGGAAAGUCCAUGGGCGAGCGGCGAAAUGGCCGAGACUUAACGGACCUUGAAUGGGCUAUGAAGUAUGUCUGGGACUGCAUCACGAAUACCGUGGCUACUGGGCGCAAAACGGCAAUGUUGGGCGUGAUUGGCCUCAAGACUGACGGUACUGACAACGAACUGGGAGACGAAUCCCACUUCUCUCAUAUCUCGGUUUUAUCGGAGAUUAAGCAGUUUCUUAUGUCUGAUAUUAGGGAACUGGGUGAGCGAAUCAAACCAAGUAGCGUCGACAAAGGUGACGCGAUAUCUGCUCUCAUUUUGGCAAUUCAAAUGAUAAUCACCCAUUGUAAAAAGCUUAAGUGGAAGCGGAAGAUUGUCCUUAUCACUAAUGGAUUGGGGCGGAUGAACAGUGAGAACCUUGAUGAUAUUGUAUCAAAGGUCAAGGAGGAUAAUAUCGAAUUGAUUAUCUUGGAUCUGACAGGCCGUAGAGGACCUGAUUUCGAUGACGCUGAGUACGGGAUCAAGGAAGAAGACAAAGAUCCGCACAAGGCUUCGAACGAGACUCUUCUGCGGACCAUCACUGAACGGUGCGACGGAGUAUUCGGUACGCUUGAGCAGGCAGUAGAGGAAACAGAAAUCCCCCGCGUCAAGCCUGUCCGGCCAGUUGCAUCAUUCAAAGGUUUCUUACAAUUAGGUAACCCUGAAGAAUACGACACUGCGGUCCGCAUUCCUGUUGAGCGGUACCCACGAACAAUGGUAGCUAAACCCCCAACGGCCAGCCAGUUCGUCCUGCGAUCAGAUUUAGCCGCUGGACAAGAAGGCCCAGUGUCAUCUACUGCCGUUCCUGAAACCCAGCCUGAAGAUGGUAGUAAUCUCACCAAUGUGAGGAACUUGAGAACUUACCAGGUCAGCGACGAGAGUGCCCCUGGUGGUAAGAUCGAUGUUGAACGGGACGACUUGGCCAAGGGAUAUGAGUAUGGACGUACUGCUGUUCAUAUCAGCGAGACCGAUGAGAACAUCACAAGGCUGGAAACCACUGCGGCUAUGGAGCUAGUCGGUUUUAUUCAGAGCGAACGGUAUGACCGAUACAUGCAUUUGUCCAAUACUCACAUCAUCAUCGCCAACCGUGCUAAUGACAAAGCCUCACUUGCACUAUCCUCCUUCAUCCAUGCCCUGUUUGAACUUGAGAGUUAUGCCGUUGCUCGUCUGGUCACCAAAGAGAACAAACCUCCUACCCUAGUUCUGCUCGCACCUUCCAUCGAACCAGACUACGAGUGCCUCCUCGAAGUGCAACUACCAUUCGCCGAGGACGUCCGAACAUACCGCUUCCCACCUCUUGACCAUGUAGUUACCGUGUCUGGGAAGGUGGUAACGCAGCAUCGAAACCUUCCAAAUGACGACCUUCUUGAUGCCAUGGACAAAUACGUAGAUAGCAUGGAGCUGAAGGGCACAGACGAGGAUGGAGACCUGGUCAAUACGCCCUUCCCAAUUGAUGACUCCUUCUCGCCAGUUCUACACCGCGUGAACGCGGCGAUUCGCUCUCGAGCUAUACACCCAAACGACCCCAUCCCGCCACCAGCAAGGAUCCUCACUCAAUUCUCGCAACCACCAGAGCACCUCCUCAAAAACGCAGAGCGCCAUCUCAAGAGGCUUAUUGAGGUAGCUGACGUCAAGAAGGUACCUCCAAAAGCCAAGGGUCGUAAACGCGCGCGCGAACCCGAAAAGCCUCUCUCUGGCCUGGAUGUCGACUCUCUCCUACAUCAAGAAAAGCGCGUGCGGAUCUCACCAAACAACGCAAUCCCCGAAUUUAAGCAGACCUUGGCGCAAGCUGAAAACAUUGAGACGAUGAAGGACGCAGUCAAGCAAAUGCGCUCGAUUCUCGAGGACCAGAUCAGGCAUAGCUUGGGCGAUGCGAACUAUGACCGCGUCACUGAGGGUUUGGGCGUUGUGCGUGAAGAACUUAUAGCCUAUGAAGAGCCUGGCUUGUACAAUGAUUUGAUUAGAAAGCUAAAGGAGGCGCUACUGAAGGAGAAGCUGGGUGGCGAUCAGAGAGAGCUGUGGUGGCUUCUCAAAAGGAGUAAACUGGGGUUGAUUGAACAGCGGGAGUCGGAGCUUUCUGAGGUUACAGAAGAGGAGGCGAAGAAGUUUAUGUCUGCUUGA